CACUUUCCAUUUUGAAGAUGACGUUGAAGCUGUACGCGAACCUAGUGAGCCAACCCUGUCGUGCGGUGCAGUGGGUUAUGCGACUGAAGCACCUGGAGCAUGAGCUUGUACUGACCGAGUUUGGGAGUCGCACAUUCACAUCUGCUGAGUUCCUGGCACUGAACCCCAACGGACUGAUCCCAGUGUUGCAAGAUGGAGACUUUGCACUGUUCGAAAGCAGUGCCAUACUGGUCUACUUGGCCGAGAAGUUCAAAUGGACGGAUCUUUACCCGAGAGACGUGCAUGCCCAUGCAAAGGUGAACCAGUAUCUGCACUGGCACCACACGAACGCGCGUCAGAUCACCAUGACAGUGCUGGUCCCGUUGAAGCGGAUCAAACAGAACAAGCAGCUUCCAGACGACAUCGUGUUGGUAAAAGAAGCCCCGGCGCUCCUAGCCAAGCUGCUCAAGUUGAUCGAGACAUUCCUAGUCAAGGAUUUUAUUGCUGAGACAAACACUCCGACACUUGCGGACUUCGCCGCGUAUUGCGAGUUUGUGCAAAUCGAGCUCAUGGGAAUUUUCGAGUUGUCAGAUUAUCCGAAAUUUUCGGCUUGGAUGCAACGAAUGAAAAAGUUGCCGAUGCACGAUGAAAUUCACGCCACGCUCAACGAGUUUUUGGCUGAUCUCGGUCUUAAGACAAAGGCGAAAGCCAAGGAGGAAGCCACUGCGGAUCCGUAAGACAGAAAAGAGGAGAUUCGGAUUGACGCUAAAGAUUAUUAACAAGCUCACGGCUUCUAAUCCGAAGAA